UAUAAAUAAUUUAUUCCAUUGUGGGAAUAGAUUUUUCUCCCUUUGUCUAGCCUGGGGCCUGUCGGUAAUAAAACCGAUGGGGGUGCUGAAUUGAUUAGCGGCUCUCUCGGUAUUGGCCAGUUUUGGAUAACCGGGACUUCGAUGCAGCGCAUGAAUGCAGCGCGGUCAUAAGUCAGCCAAAGGUUGCAGGGUCAGUGCCGAUGAAAAGAUGAGGGGAGCAGCUUCUCAUCGCCUCGGGGCCGCGCCCGGACAAAGAUGAGUCGCACACUAUUGAAAAUGUGGCGCUUUACGUCUUCCCACCUGACCGUGGCAUCUCUGAGCUCCGUGUGAAUGAGGGACAGUGCUAAAUUGACCGACGUCUAGACAAGAAGGACGUAAACAACAUGUUUUGCAAGACAUGAUGCGACACGCCCCGUGUUUAGUUUUCACGCGGACCGCCUCGCGCUCCAGACGAGUUUUUGUACAAUUUCCCCUUUGAUUUGUGCAAGAAAAUUAGUACUUAGAUAAGUUUGUACUGCGUAAAACAGCUGGAAAGAUAUAAUUAUAACAGAAAAUGUCAUUCUAACCAACAACUACAUCAGUUCUCAGCGAUCAAAACAGCCUAUUAUCUUAUUUAUGAAUGACACCUCUAUAAAUUCUGUCUGGACACAUUUAACUUUGGGUUUCUCACCGGAAUGUUUGGCUCCGUGUGCACGGUUGUUGGGACAGCUUGCCACCGCGGCACCACGUUUUCUUUGAUGUUUUUACAAUGUUUGUCCAGUUGCUUAGCGCAUGGUGCUGCUUCAUAAAAGUUUCAGACACUGGACGACCACGGGGGCGGUCAGAGGGGCUGCCCUUUCCACCUCCAUUCACACUCUGAAAGGCUGAUGUUGCGUCUUUUCUUUCUCAUUGUGCAGUUUCGUUCGCUUAUUCUGCUGCUCUGGGAAAUCGAGAAUUGAAUUCAAUUUUGCCCAUUGUUGCAAGAAUUUUGUUUUAAUAUCAAGACAAAACAUUCCUGCGACCCAGAUGCGUUUUUAAACUCAUGUCUGGCUUAUAUUUUGUUCACUAAAUGUCCAGCGCAAGGGAACUCGUCUUGAUCGUUGGGAAUAUUACAACUCUCCUCUCUGCGCACGACAAACUGACUCUUGUUUCCACAAUGUUUACGUACGGAAGGGACGACCACCUUUGAAAAUCGACUACAACCUACUUCCUUAUUUGCAGACCUGAAGGAGUUAUGGAAUUACUCGGGGGGCGACUCAUGCAAAAGAACAACAAUGUAUAAAAUCCCUCUUCAACUCUUGGAGCAGAGAUGCAAAAAGGAUACAAGUUGGCCUGAUGCGCCAAACUCAAAUAAACUAGGAUUAGGAUGGAUACGUGCGUAUUUGUUGGUGCUCUUGGUUUGCGAAUUACCCGAACUUUCUUUGUGUGCAAGUGUGGCAGGAUCCAAAGUUGAACACGAGGGACUUUGUCCUAACAAGUUGAAUUCAAAUCUCUGGGUUGAUGCGCAAAGCACCUGCGAGAGAGACUGCAAAGUUGAUGAGGACUGUGCUGACUUUGAGAAAUGCUGCACCAACGUGUGUGGCCUCAACAGCUGUGUAGCUGCGCGUUUCUCUGAUGGCACCUCUGCCCAGCCAGAUGGGCAGGGUGGAGGUAAGGGAAGUGCUGCCCCCACAGUUACCUGUGACGGCUUUAUCUGCAGCCAGCAGGGAGCGACCUGUGACAUCUGGGACGGCCAACCCAUCUGCAAGUGCCAGGACCGAUGUGAGAAAGAGCCCAACUUCACCUGUGCCUCAGAUGGCCUCACAUAUUUCAACCGCUGCUACAUGGAUGCAGAGGCCUGCAUCCGGGGGGUGUCUUUAACUGUAGUCACCUGCCGCUUCUACCUCGCCGGACCCCACACCAGCCCCCUGCCUCAGGACACUACGGCUCACCCCACCCCAACAUCCUCCCAGGAUGACCCCAUGCCCCCCACACUGUACUCCAACCCUCACCAUCAGUCCAUCUAUGUUGGAGGCACAGUCAGCUUCCACUGUGAUGUUAUAGGAGUCCCCAGACCUGAUGUAACAUGGGAGAAACAGAGUGAACGGCGUGAGCGGCUUGUCAUGAGACCCGAUCAGAUGUAUGGCAACGUGGUUAUCACCAACAUUGGACAGCUUGUCAUUUACAAUGCCCAGGUUUGGGAUACAGGCAUCUACACCUGCAUCGCACGCAAUUCUGCAGGAGUUCUGCGUGCAGACUACCCGCUGUCUGUCAUACGCCGGGCUGAUGAUGAUUUCUCUGAAGACCCUGAGAUGCCCAUGGGGCGGCCAUUUUCACCAGCAGACUGUCUGGCUGAACUAGACCUGAGAGUGUGCAGUGGUGAGCGCCAUGUGGAUUGGUAUUAUGACAGCAAGCUGGGCUCCUGCAUGGCCUUCAGCAACGGUGGAUGUGACGACAGCCGCAACCGAUUUGAGACCUACGAGGAGUGCAAGGCCUCCUGUCAGAGAGAGGGGAUGGGUAUCUGCUCCCUGCCUGCCGUUCAGGGUCCCUGCAAAGCUUGGGAGGUGCGUUGGGCCUGGAACUCCCUCAUGAAACUGUGCCAAGCGUUUGCCUACGGGGGCUGCCAUGGGAACGCCAACAGCUUCCGCACCCAAAAGGAGUGUGAGGCAAACUGUCCGCAACCCAAAAGGAAAUCCUGUAAGACCUGUCGGGUGAAGGGGAAAAUGGUGCCCAGCUUGUGCCGCAGUGACUUUGCCAUCGUGGGACGACUGACAGAGCUGAUUGAGGAUCUGGACUCUGGUUUAGCCCGCUUCAGCUUGGAAGAGGUUCUCAGAGAUGAAAAGAUGGGUUUGACCUUCUUUAAUACAAAGCACCUAGAGGUGACUAUUGCUAAGAUAGACUGGAGCUGCCCCUGCCCCAACAUCACCAUGGAGGAAAACCCUUUGCUGGUGAUGGGUGUUGUGCAGGAUGGCAUGGCCAUCAUCCAAUCAGACAGUUACGUCAGAGCCAUAACUGAACGCAGACUCAAGAAACUACGUGAGGUUCUGGGGAAAAAGGCCUGUGGGACAUUUUGAAACUUAGGACUUAAGACUUGUCAUCCCAGAUGUUUAAACUAAUAAAUGGGCCUGUGGUCAUCUGAACCUUUAGCACUGAAGCUGAUAUUUAAUACUUUUUUAAUCAAAUGUUAUCUAUGUUCAUAAAGUUAUGGAAGCUAUUUUUGUAUGUAUGAUAUAUAUUCAUUGCAACACAGGUUGUACUACAUUCCAGAUGUGUUGUGAGGCCUUACUAAUGCUGAAAUGCUUGGUUUUAAAUAACUAUAAAAUAGACUUUUUUCUUUGA